AUGACUGACUGCAGUGCAGAUGGUACUGUUGAGCUAGAUAACUUCCACUCCCAACGUCUAACAUCUGUGCUAUGGGUCCAGUCUGCUCUUCCCAGGACUCUGCUCCCCAUCAGCUACCUGUUCAGUGAUGUUCCCAUCACCAUCAUCACUGAUCCCCCAGUUGUCCUUGUUGGAGAGCAAGUGACUCUGCACUGUUGGCUGGCAGACAGUGUACCCUCUAACAUGAGUGUGCUUUGGUACAAAAAGGAAGAGAGGAAGAAUAAUACACUGUGUUUUUCCCCCAGCCUGGGAGGGAUGGUGGAGCAGUGCCAAAAUGAAGAAUGGUGCAGGACUGAGGGACGCUGGGAGAGAAGAGCACUUCUCUUGAUUAUCCGGCAAGUGCGAGUAGCAGACGAGGGGGCAUACGUUUGUGCUGUGAGAGGUGAUGUUGGCUCACAGGAAGCUAUUACUCAUCUUGAUGUCAUAAAGAUGGGGAAUAAGCCAACUUUUCAAAGGCAUCAACUAGAGGAGAACAUGUGUUGCUACACAUGUAAGUCAAAAGGAUGGUACCCAAAGCCUGAAGUCCAUUGGAGGAGUUAUGGAAGAAAGACAAUAAAUGUGGAGGCCAAGACCAAUGUAACCUGGAAUGAGGGGGACCUUUUCACAGUACAAAGCAACAUCACUGUGCCUUGUGAUAAUGUAGAUGUGACAUGUGCUGUCAUACUCCCUAAAGCUAACAAAAGUCGAACUGGUGCCAUGAAUGAAAUGAUUUUGCACAAGCCAAACACUUGUACAUACACAAGUAGAAUAAGAGGAUCAUAUGUUAAGCCCAAAAUUAUGUGGAUAAAUCAUGAAGGAGAAGACCUAUCUUCACUGGCCCAGACACACAUUCUUCAGGAGGACAAUAUUUUUGCAAUGGAAAGUUCCAUCGAGAUACCCUGUGGACAACCGCCAACUGCUUUCAUGAUCACUGAUAGGGAGUUUGGUCUACAUCUCCUUGCUCAAAAGUCAGAAAAACAUAAAAAGGAGAUAGAGAAACUGCAGAAGGAGAAUGGUGAGUUUUUCUGGCUGCACGAAGGCUGUGUCUGGCAGCUGCGACUCAUUUUCUGCACCCCCCAAAAUGCCAAGCUGCUGAUCAGGGAGCUCAGACAGUUUGAAACGUGGAGUGUGGCAGAUGAUGUCAAGGUUGAUGGGGACACAGCCCACCCAAACUUGACUAUUUCUGAGGACAGGAAGAGUUUUAGGCAUAAUUCACAUGCUCAGAAAGUCACUCAGAAUGAAGGGAGAUUUGAUUCAGCUGUCUGCGUGUUAGCCUCAGAAGGUUUCUCAUCUGGAAAGCACUACUGGGAAGUGGAAGUUGAAAAAAGCAAUGACUGGGACCUGGGAGUAGCCAGAAAAUCAAUCCAGAGGAAGGGAAUAAUUUCUCUGUCAGUGAAAGAAGGAUUCUGGGCCCUGGGGUCAAGUUUGAAAGAUUACUGGGCAAGAACUGAUCCUUGGAUGCGGGUCGUGGUGCAGAAAAAGCCCAAGAAAAUUGGAAUUUACCUUAGUUAUGAAGAGAAGUAUCUGAUCUUUUUCAAUGUUACUGACAUGUCUGUAAUUUUCAUGUUUAAGGACUGUGCAUUCUCAGAGGAAGUGUAUCCAUUCUUUAAAAAUUCACAGAAAGAAUCAACAAUGAGAAUCUGUUCAAUUAAAGAGGAAUAA